CGGAAGUGACGAUACUGCACUGUUAGCGAUAAACCGGGAGAACUAGCUUCGAGAUGCUAUCAUUGUGGUGAGAUUAAAUACUUUAACAAAUUUAGUCCACUGCAAGUGGGUUUUUUAUUUUUAUUUUUUAACUAACGUAGCUACACUGCUCUGUUGACCCCUUGCUAUAAAAAGGAACCUGAAGCUCGUGAGGGGGGUCGGCAAAUUAUGGCAGAUCCAGCCCGAAUAAAAAGGGAGGACACGCCCGAGAGGGUAGCUCCUGCUAACGAGGCCCAUCUUAAAACGGAAGAUACGGAAAAUGUUCCUGUCAAAGAAAAGCCAGCAGAUGAAAACAAAGAUCCGCCCAUAGAUCAUCCGCAACGAGAGCUCAAACUCGAACCUGCAGCAGGAGAAGAUGAGGAAGUAGGACCAUCUGGCCAGCCACCUUCAAAAAGACUAAAGGUAGAGCCGGAAAAGAAGAAGGAGAAGCGCCACAAGGUUGAUGAGGAUGAAAUACAAAAGAUGCAGGUUCUGGUGUCAUCCUUUUCUGAAGAGCAGCUGAAUCGCUAUGAGAUGUACAGACGUUCUGCCUUCCCAAAGGCUGCUAUUAAGAGGCUGAUCCAGUCCAUAACAGGAUCAUCAGUGUCCCAGAAUGUCGUAAUUGCAAUGUCUGGUAUUGCCAAGGUUUUUGCUGGGGAAAUAGUCGAAGAAGCACUGGAUGUUUGUGAGAAGUGGGGAGAUACACCACCACUUCAGCCGAAGCACAUGAGGGAAGCAGUGAGGAGGCUGAAGAGCCGAGAUCAGAUUCCCAACACCAAGUACAGAAACAUUCUGUUUCACUGAGCUGACUGAGAUGCAGGCUGGAAGAGGACGCUACUUAUCAAAAAGCAGUGAAUUGCUUAUAGAAAAUAUGUAGUGACCAUUUUGUACUAACUGAACAAACUUAGUGUUAGUGAAUAUUUUUAAUAAUGGGAAGAAUGAAAACAAAGCUGGAAAGUGGGAUGCUGUGUUCUGGGAAGAAAGUGGUCAGUCUGACAUUACAGACAGCUGUCAAGUCAAACAUAAAGAUGUAAAUAAAUACCGGUUUUGUACUUA